UUGCCAUGUGGCUCUGCAUCCCACAGGUGCUGUUGGCCUUGUCCCUUUCCGUGCUGACAGCCCCGGGAGAAGGCAGCCGGAGGAGAGCCACCCAGGCCCGAGAUACCACCCAGCCCGCUCUGCUAAGGCUGUCGGACCACCUCCUGGCUAACUACAAGAAGGGGGUGCGGCCUGUGCGGGACUGGAGGAAGCCUACUACUGUCUCCAUUGAUGUCAUCAUGUAUGCCAUCCUCAACGUGGAUGAGAAGAACCAGGUUCUGACCACCUACAUAUGGUACCGGCAGUUCUGGACUGAUGAGUUUCUGCAGUGGACUCCUGAGGACUUUGACAAUGUCACCAAAUUGUCCAUCCCCACAGACAGCAUCUGGGUCCCUGACAUCCUCAUCAAUGAGUUUGUGGACGUGGGGAAGUCUCCGAGCAUCCCUUAUGUGUACGUGCAUCAUCGAGGUGAAGUUCAGAACUACAAACCCCUACAAUUGGUGACCGCCUGUAGCCUCGACAUCUACAACUUCCCCUUUGAUGUGCAGAACUGCUCUCUGACUUUCACCAGCUGGCUGCAUACCAUCCAGGACAUCAACAUAUCCCUGUGGCGAUCACCGGAAGAAGUGAGGUCCGACAAGAGCAUCUUCAUAAAUCAGGGCGAGUGGGAGCUGCUGGAGGUGGUCCCCCAGUUCCAGGAGUUCAGCAUAGAUAUCAGUAACAGCUAUGCAGAAAUGAAGUUCUACGUGAUCAUCCGCCGGAGGCCUUUAUUCUACGCAGUCAGCCUCUUGCUGCCCAGUAUCUUCCUCAUGGUCGUGGACAUUGUGGGCUUUUGUCUGCCCCCGGACAGCGGUGAGAGAGUCUCUUUCAAGAUCACGCUCCUUCUGGGAUACUCAGUCUUCCUCAUCAUCGUGUCAGACACACUGCCGGCAACGGCUAUCGGUACCCCCCUCAUUGGUGUCUACUUUGUGGUGUGCAUGGCUCUGCUGGUGAUAAGCCUCGCGGAGACCAUCUUCAUCGUGCGGCUGGUGCAUAAGCAGGACCUACAGCGGCCAGUGCCUGACUGGCUGAGGCACCUGGUCCUAGACAGAAUAGCCUGGAUACUCUGCCUAGGGGAGCAGCCUAUGGCCCAUAGACCCCCAGCCACCUUCCAAGCCAACAAGACGGAUGACUGCUCAGCCAUGGGAAACCACUGCAGCCAUGUUGGAGGACCCCAGGAUUUGGAGAAGACCCCAAGGGGCAGAGGUAGCCCUCUUCCACCACCCAGGGAUGCCUCGCUGGCUGUGCGUGGUCUCUUGCAAGAGCUGUCCUCCAUCCGCCACUUCCUGGAGAAGCGGGAUGAGAUGCGGGAGGUGGCAAGGGACUGGCUGCGGGUGGGAUACGUGCUGGACAGGCUGCUGUUCCGCAUCUACCUGCUGGCUGUGCUCGCCUACGGCAUCACCCUGGUCAUGCUCUGGUCCAUUUGGCAUUAUUCUUGAGUGGGCACAGCCUUGCAGGGAGGG